GUGUGUGUGUGUGCGUGCGGACAAUAUCAUCACCGCCUUCUCCUUUUUUUUCCCUUUCUCUCCAACAAACCCUAGAAAUUCUCAACUCCCAUCUCUCUCCAAACCCUAAAUUGCUUUAUAUAUCCACCCUUGCAGCUCACCGAUCAAACUGAUGGGCUUGGGUCCUGGUCGGAGAUUGGCGGGGAUUUGUUCUUUUGGGUUUUCAUUCGGUCUCGGGUGAUUGAUUGGGCGGCGGAGAAGGGUUUCGGGGUUCUCUCUUUGUUGCGGUUUUCUUUGUUUUUUGGUUUUUUUUUUUUGGUUUUUUGGAUUUUGAGUUAGGGUCGAUUGUGUUGAGAUGGAGCCUCGUGUGGGGAACAAAUUUCGGCUGGGGAGGAGGAUCGGGAGUGGCUCCUUUGGGGAGAUCUAUUUAGGUACCAAUAUUCAGACGAAUGAGGAGGUUGCGAUAAAGCUCGAAAAUGUUAAAACAAAACAUCCACAGUUGCUUUAUGAGUCAAAGCUCUACAGAAUUCUUCAAGGAGGAACUGGAAUUCCGAAUAUAAGAUGGUUCGGUGUUGAAGGAGACUAUAAUGUUCUUGUGAUGGAUUUACUGGGGCCUAGUCUUGAGGAUCUUUUCAACUUCUGUAGUAGAAAAUUGUCACUGAAGACAGUUUUAAUGCUUGCAGACCAGAUGAUUAACCGGGUAGAAUUUGUUCACUCUAAAUCAUUUCUUCACCGUGAUAUUAAACCGGAUAAUUUUCUAAUGGGAUUGGGGAGACGGGCCAAUCAGGUGUAUAUUAUUGAUUUUGGCCUUGCCAAAAAGUAUCGUGAUACUUCAACUCAUCAGCAUAUCCCAUAUAGGGAAAACAAGAACUUGACAGGGACUGCAAGGUAUGCAAGCAUGAAUACUCAUCUUGGCAUAGAACAAAGCAGGAGGGAUGAUUUGGAAUCCCUUGGAUAUGUGCUCAUGUACUUUUUAAGAGGAAGUCUUCCAUGGCAGGGUCUCAAGGCUGGCACCAAGAAACAGAAGUAUGAGAAAAUUAGUGAGAGAAAAGUCUCGACAUCAAUUGAGGCUUUAUGUAGGGGUUAUCCAUCAGAAUUUGCAUCAUACUUCCAUUAUUGCCGUUCACUUCGUUUUGAUGACAAGCCAGAUUAUGCUUAUCUGAAAAGGAUAUUCCGUGACCUUUUUAUCCGUGAAGGUUUUCAAUUUGAUUAUGUGUUUGACUGGACAAUUUUGAAGUACCAGCAAUCACAGAUUACUCCUCCACGAGCGGUGGGUCCUGCUGCUGGCACUAGCUCUGGCUUGGCUCCUGCCAUUACUAAUGCUGAUAGGCCAACAGGUGCUGAAGAAGGGAGAACAAGUGGCUGGUCAGCUACAGAUCCUUCCCGGAGGCGAGUUUCAGCACCAGCCAUAAGUUCUGGUAGUUUACCAAAACAGAAGAAUCCUGUGGGAAAUGAAUCAACUGCCACUAAAGAUGUUAUGUUAUCCAGUUCAACUUUUUUGGGGCGGCCAAGCGGAUCCUCAAGGCGGGCUGCUGUCUCUAGCAGCCGAGAGGUGAUGGCGAGCAGUGAGGCAGAUAUGUCUCGCAGCCGCACAACAGAUGCUAGCCCUGGAACUUUUCCUAAAGUUUCAGGUACUCAAAGAACUUCUCCUGGCGGAUCUGCAGAGCUGCGACGCCCUUCAUCCAGUGCAGGUAGGCCUGCAUCUAACAUCAGGAACUACGAGUCCACUAUCAAAGGCAUCGAGAGUCUAAACUUCGACAAUGAUGAGCGGACUCACUACUAGCAUUUACUAAUCGAGCAGCUACAACAUAUGCUUUCUUCACUUUGUAAAACCGUAAACCUGAGCAAAAAUAUACUUUGGAAUUGUUUUAUCAUCGUCGUGUUCUGAUCCAGAAAAGCUGUUGUGAGUUUUGAAAUCAAACUGAAUAAGUAGAGUUCUCAAGAAUUGUAAAGCCUAACUAUCCAGAAGGCCAGGUGGGGCUGUGUUCAUAUAUCUGCUAACUUUGUGUCACCAAGGCCAUUGUGUUUGUGUCAUUACUGUUGCAUUCUGUACUCUUUUAUGUUUGUUGUUAAAAUUCUUUUUAUUUUUAAUUUUUAUUUUGGACAA